AUGAUCCAAAAUGAUGUUAAAAAGAUUGCAGGACAACAACACAAUAGAAUGCAAAAAGAGAGACCAAUCUCUACAUAUUGUGGAUACAGUGGUCAUGCGAUGGAUAGAUGUUACAAGCUCCAUACACUCAACCCUACUCAAUAUCAACAUCUAAUGAGCAUGUUGAGCUUUCAUCUUAAGGCUGUAAAACUGGACUUAGAGACAGGAACCAGCUCAGGUAAGGAAUCAGGUACCUGCUUUUCAAUCUCUAUUAAUCCGUCUUUCAAUUCAUCUAGACAUUGGGUGGUAGAUUCAGGUGCCACGAGUCACUUAUGUUCUGACCAUUCAGCUUUUGACAUAUUGAGGCCAAUUGAAAAUGCAUUUGUCAUACUACCAAACCAUGUCCAAGUUCCUGUACGGUUGAUUGGGAAUGACUUGACCACAUCGAGGAUGAUUGGCAAGGGUGAAAGGAAGGCAAGCCUCUAUGUUAUUGACUUCGGAGGGACAAUUCAACUCCUUGUUAUGGGACCGUAUCAUACUUCUGCACAUGCUGGCCAUAGGUUUUUUCUCACUUUGGUGGAUGACUUUAAGGACAUUGUUCGUCAAUUCUCUUGUGUUGAACAUCUUGAACAAAAUUUGAUGGUUGAAAGGAAGCAUCAGCACCUUCUUAGUGUGGCACGAGCACUCUUCUUUCAGUCUAGGGUGCCUAUUCAAUUUUGGGGAGACUGUAUUUUAACUGCCACUUUUCUAAUCAAUAGGACUCCCUCUAAAAUCCUCAAAAACAUGACUCCAUUUUCCUUGCUGUAUGGUUCCUCUUUUGACUAUAGUUCACUCAGGGUAUUUGGAAGUCUUUGCUUCACAUCCACAGUUCCAUCUCACAUGAAUAAAUUCUAUCAUAGAGCUAAAGCAUGUGUCUUUUUUGGUUAUCCUCCAGUCAUCAAAGGAUACAAACUUUAUGACGUUUCUUCAAAAUCUUUUAUUGUUUCCAAGGAUGUGAUUUUUCAUGAAAAUCACUUUCCUUUCCACUCUUUAGAUUCUACAUCAGAGUUGAUAGACUCCUUCGCUGAUGUUGUCUUACCACACAUCAUGCCUAAUUCGUAUAUCCAUCAUUCAACCUCAGAACCAUCAACUUCUGUUGGCAAUGAUAUCUCAAUGGAAAGUAUUCAUUUGCCUACCAUUGAACCCUUUUCCAACUCUUCUUUUGAUCAUAAUAAAGAUGCUCAAACUUCUGAUUUCAGUCAAACCUUUCACUUUGCCCCUAGACAAACUACUAGGGUGAGCAAACCUCCAUCUUAUCUUCAUGAAUUUCAUUGUAAUCUCCUAGCCAAUCGAGUGCCCCCUGUCAACAACUCUACUUAUCCUCUAUCCAAUUAUCUUUCCUAUAAACCUUUUUCUCAACCUCAUAGAACAUUCCUUCCCAAUGUUUCUUCAGAAGUCAGAACGUUCAGUUUCUUGACCGUUGGACAAACCUGUCAUAUCGGAUGUCUACUAGAAUUACCGAACUCAUUCGUUAGACCUACCGAAUGCAUCCUCUAG